AUGUCACUUUUCCUUCCAUUUAAAUAGCACCACCAUUUCCCAAUCCCUCCCACCUCAUUUCACUCCCAUCGUCCACCUCUUCUCCAGCCACAACCAAACCAUGAUCACGGGCAUAGAAAUCUACAACGUGUUGGCAUCAAUCGUGCCGCUAUACGUGCCCAUGAUCCUAGCCUACGGCUCCGUGUGCUGGUGGAAGAUCUUCACCCCGGAACAGUGCUCCGGCAUAAACCGCUUCGUGGCGGUGUUCGCAGUUCCCUUCCUCAACUUCCACUUCCUGGCCUUCGCCAACCCGUACGCCAUGAACCUAAGGUUCAUAGCCGCGGACACGCUGCAAAAGGUGGUGAUCCUGUGCGCGCUCAUUGCAUGGUCCACGCUCACCAAGUGCGGCACCCUGGACUGGACCCUCACGCUCUUCUCCCUCUCCUCUCUGCCCAACACGGUCGUCGUGGGAGUCCCUCUCCUAACCGCCAUGUACGGAGACUCCUCCGCCAGCCUCAUGAGCCAGAUUUUCGUCAUGCAGGGCGUCCUCUGGAUCACGCUCAUGCUCUUCCUCUACGAGUACAGAGCCGCCAUGCGCCUCAUUGCCAAGCAGUUCCCUCAGAACGCAGGCGCCAUCGCCUCGCUCACCGUUCACUCCGACGUUUCCUCUCUCGACGGAGACCAGCCGCUGCAAACGGACACGGAAGUCGGCCAAAACGGAGACCUUCACGUCACGCUCAGAAGCCCUUCCUGUCACUGUUCCGUCGCUUCCUCCACCAUUCAGAGAGCUUCCAGCUUCAACACCACGCGUGAUCUCCAUCACCAUAGAAUUUGCAGAACGCAUGCUCCUUUUUAUGGAGUGAAACAUGCAACGAUCGACAUAGGUUCUAGCCCUAAAUCAGUUGAAGAUAGAGAGAUUGAAAUUGCAGUGGUUGGGAUCCAACAUUGUGUAAGCGAAGGACCAAAAGAGGUGAAAAUUGAAGACAAAAAUGCAAACAAAAAACAGCAAAUGCCACGUGCCAGUGUGAUGACAAGGCUCAUUCUAACCAUGGUUUCGAGGAAUCUUAUGAGAAAUCCUAAUACCUAUGCAUGUGUUUUGGGACUCGGUUGGUCACUUAUAUCAUUUAGGUGGAACAUCAAAAUGCCAUCAAUUGUAAAUGGUUCCAUUUUGAUACUGUCAAAAACCGGGACGGGAAUGGCCAUGUUCAGCCUGGGUCUAUUCAUGGCAUUACAACCCAAGACUGUAGCUGGUGGAAAUACUUGGGCAGCAAUUUCUAUGAUAGCUCGAUUUUUUGUUGGUCCAUCAGUGAUUGCUAUAACAUCCUUUGUCAUCGGCAUCCGAGGAGUUCUUUUACGUGUUGCCAUUGUUCAAGCUGCUCUUCCUCAAGCUAUCACCUCCUUUGUAUUUGCCAAAGAAUACAAUCUCCAUGCAGAUAUAUUUAGCACAGCGGUUAUCCUUGGAACGGUGGUUUCAUUGCCUGUAACAAUAAUUUACUUCGUGCUUCUCGGACUCUAACUCGUUUGUGAAGGCCAGAGAAGAAGAAUAUAAGUUACACAUUCAGGCCUGCUGACAAAAGCAAAAUUCUUCUACUAAAGUCAUGACUACAAAAUUAUGGACAAUCUUCUUUUCUUAGUUUUUCUUUAGGAUUUAUUUUAUCAAACAACACUUCUUAAGUUCAUGAUUUUAACACUGGUGCUGUUUAACACGGAUCGGUGGAGAUCGUCCAGAAUCCUAUUGUUGGACGGAUUCAAAAAUAUUAUUUAAUUUAUAAUAUAAAAAAUUACAUAAGUAAGUUAUGAAAAAUUUAUAAAGAAAAUAAUUGUUAUAAAUAAUAAAUCAAUAGUCAAUUUUCUCACUAGUUAACCAAAAUCUACCAGUAA